CGAGGCCAGGGGGCUCGGCACCCCUGGGUCCCGUUAUCCGGGGGGCCGUGCCCGGGAAGCCGGUGGCUGCGGGGCGCACACCGCGUGGACGCCCCGGGGAUCGAAGGCUUGCCCCCCACCCCAUCCUGGCGCUGCACCCACUCUGCCCUCCGGCUUGGACUUCCCCAAUUUCCCUGGCUCGGGUCCUCGCCAUGCCGUUUGAGGAGCAUGGAUUUCUCCCCAACUUUAUUUUCACUUCUCCAGGCCUUUGCAUCAGGGGUAAAGUGGGGGCUUCUCCGUAGGACGUCGGGGACCAUGGAGAGGUUUGGGAACUGAGGCCCAGAGGGCUGGAGCUCCAUCAUCUAUCCCCACCGGCCGGUACCCCCGAUCCUGGAACCGGCCACAAAAGGAAGAAACUGAGCAGAGAGCUCCGGCUUUCAGGUGGUUCUGAGCCCCGGACCGAGACCCCCACUGGCCAAGAUGAUACUUCUGUCCCCAAGACCUUUUGCCCACUGACACACCACUGGGACCCAUCUGGACAGAGUGGUUCUGCUGCCCUGUCAGACUUUUUCCAGCUGCGAGGGCGAUGCUUGUCCCAGACCGGUGCCGCGAUCAAACAGAGUGCGGGGGUGAAAUUGUCCUACUGAAACAUCAAAGCCAGCUGCCGUCCUUCUUUUUCUGGACCUGUGCUCAGGAGGGCAAGAAGCCGGGGCUAAGGCCCCUUGCCCUUUGGAGGCUGACUCAGCAGGCGGGAUGCCGGGGCUUCACAAUGGCCAGGUGCUCAUGGUGCUCAGGGCUGACAACACUUGUGCCCCUGCCUCCUUUGAAAUGAAAGCCUCUGAGGAGAGACUCAAAACCUGGGGAAUUCAGGUUCCAAUGGAGCAGUAUAGACAUUUAAUUCAGGAUGCUGUCCUAGAACCGCAAGUGAGAAGAUUCGUGCUUUAUAACUCCAAACCGUUCCGCCUGGCCUUUGCUGUGGUUUUCUACAUUUCCAUGUGGGCAAACCUGUAUUCUACGAGUCAGUUGUUUUCCCUGGGGACCCACUGGGCCGUUGUGGCCUUUGUGUCUCUGAGUGCCGCCGCUGCCACUGUAGCCCUCAUCCUGGUCUUUGCCUGGUCCGAGAGGAAGGUCAGUGUGAACACAGACACGAGGAUGGCAGUUGUCAAUGAAGCACUGAUGAGACACAACUUACUUCUGGGCUUAACGGAUGCUGUGGACAGUUGCCAGAAUGUGCUUCAGAUCUGGGUGGUGUAUUUCAACCUGGACAGGUGUCUGCAGUGCUUACGUGAGCUCAUCCAGGACCUAAGGAGCAAUGAGGAGCCAGACCUGAGGCGCCGACUGAGCCAGUUCUCUGUGGUGGUGAACACUGAGCUCAGCAUACCUGGGGGAGGGGCUGAUGGGGGCCAGGACCCCCUGGAGGAGGAGGCGCCGCUGCUGCCCAGAGAGCCAGGCCGAAGGCAGAGCUCGCUCACCCACACCCAGCUGCACCAGCUCCUUCCGGAGGGCCCCCCUGAGGCCACGGCCCAGCAGCUGCUGACCAUCUUCAGUGGAUUCUACAUCAGACUUCUGGUCACCGGUCAGCUUCCUCUAGUGCCAGCUACUCGUCACGCAGAACAGAUCGGGACGCCUUGCCUCUGUCAGUUCAUCGAGGCCAGCGCCCUGGUGCCAGGUGGCUGCUGUGCUGGCCCAGGUGACCCGAGCAGCUUCUGGGAGGCUCUUGCCUUUGAGUCAAACCGAUGAGUGAACUGCAGUUGGGGGUUGGGGCUUGGGGAGGGGCAGGCCAGUUCCUUGCAGAUCGACGACGUGAUGGAGAGGGAGUUGAAAGUUUGCAGAGGCAGCAACCAAACAUGGCUUCCUGUUUGAUGACCCCUGGAUCCACUUGAAACUGUUAAGAUGACUUUUCGGCCUUCAGGCCCGAUGGUAUGAUCGGAGCUUGAGGGCCCACCUGGCCAAGGUCUUCCCCUUUAGUUUCCCUCCGUAUCGGAGGCAUUCCUCCUCCCUUCCAUCCCACUCCAUUCCACACCCAGCGCUAGGGACUUAGUACUUGGCCGGCCUACCUUUUCCAUAGGGUGCGGAUAAUGUGCCAGAUGGAUGGAAUGGCAGCAUUUAAUGGCUGUGUUUUUGACCCUUGUAAGAGCACAGUGGCCUCUCUGAGUGCUUCUCCAGAAGGGUUAUUUUCCCACUAAUGGGUUCUGCUGGGAGGCUCCAGUGCUGACACACAGCAGGACAAAAUCCACUAACACAGAUCUGCCUGGGCAUUGCUGGAAAGUGUGAGUAAUGUCAGUCCAUUGGUGAGAAGGUUUCUUCUGCCUUUGCAGAGUGAAUCAGUUCGAUUAAGCAAACUCAGAGAAGAGGUUUCCACUCUACAUCUUCUGACUUUCCCAGUGUGCUUUAGGGCCCAAAAGACAACAGACCUUCUUCUUUCCUGCUGCAGCUGAUGACCCUCUGUCCAGCAAAUCCAUCAGUGUGAGGUGUGAGCCUGUUAUGAGCAGGGAACGUGUCUACCAAGUAUUGUAUUGCACUUUCCCAAGUGCUUAGUACAAUGCUCUGUACAUAGUAAGUGCUCAAUAAAUACCAUUGGUUGAUUGACACACAUACAGACUAUCCAGGCAUCCCUGGCAGUGCUGUUUUGGGUCCUAACUAUCCUCUGGCCCUAGCUUAUUGUUUCAAGCUUUUGUAGUGUACUAUACUCAGGUUUGGGAACUUGAUUGAAUGCUAUGGUAACAUGGCAGAACAGCACAGCCCAGUACUGACUGCCGAAAAGGGGCUGAUUAAGCGCCUCAGUGCAAAUCAGGUGUUUGACGUG